GUCCAGCAAUUACAAUAAUUUGGUCAAAUCCUCUUUCUCUCAAAUAAAAUCAUCUUCUCUACUCAGAAUCCAAAUUCUUGAACAAAAACUGAGCAUCAUUUCUCUUUCUCUGCUAAGACAGCCAGUGACCAUGGCCAAUGAGAAUGAGAAGAAGAAACUCAAUGACGAAGAAGACGACGAGCCCAAAAUCCCAGUCUUCACAGUCCUUAAAAACGGAGCGAUUCUCAAGAACAUCUUCAUCGUCAACAAACCCCCACCCCCACCCACCAAUAAACCAAUCUCCUCCGUCCAUCAACAAACCCAAGAAGAAAUCUUGAUCGUCGGUCGCCACCCCGAUUGUAACAUCGUCUUGACUCACCCCAGCAUCAGCAGAUUCCACCUCCAAAUCCUCUCUAACCCUUCUUCCCAGCAGCUCUCUCUCACCGAUUUAUCAUCAGUGCAUAGCACUUGGGUUUCGGAGAAGAGGCUUGAGCCAGGGGUCAGGGUGGAGCUGAGGGAAGGGGACAUACUGAGGGUUGGUAGUUCCAGCAGGGUCUACAGCCUUCACUGGAUAUCUUUGAGUCGAGCCUAUGAUUUCGAAACGCCUUUUGUUCCGUUGACAAAUAACGAUGAAGAUGAAAAUGCAGAAGGAGUAGUCCAGGGUGAGAAUUCUCUGUCAGUUGAAAACAAAGAAAUUGAAUCUCCGGAUUCAAAUUCUGUGGGUAUAGAAUCUUUGUUGUCUGAUGAAAAUUUUGGACUAAGUGGGAAGAAGGAGAUCCCAUCAGCACCUCCAAUGCCUGAAAAUGCCAUUUACUCAAUUUUUGAUCAAAUUGAAGAAGGUGGUGAUGGAGUGAAUGAAUUCUCAAGCUUCUGGGCAUUUGGAACUGAAUCGGUGAACCUAUUUUUGAAUAUGGAAGAAUCUAGUUCUCAUCCAAAGGAAAACCUAGAGAGUUCCUCUUUUAUUGAAACGGAAAGGGAAACUUAUCCUACUGCUCAAGUGCCUGAGGAAACUGAGAACCAAAGCCCAUUGAGAAAAGACCAUGGACAGAUUGAUUUUUCAUGUCCGUCUGGACCUCUAGUGAUGGAGAACCUAUCCUUCCCGAUCGGUGAAGUCCUUGGAGAGAACAAAGAUGAACAAGUUGAAGAAGAAAGCCAGGAACCAAUUUUGAACUUGCUGGUUAACCUGAAUUCUGAACAUUUACAAGAAAAGGAAGAGGAAGCUUAUCCUGCUGCUCAAGUACCUGAGAAAAUUGACAGCCAAAGUCGAUUGAGAAAAAAUGGUGGACCUCCUCUAGUCAUGGAGAACCUAUCCCUGCCGAUAGGCGAAGUCCUUGGAGAGGACAAAAAUGAACAAGUUGAAGAAGAAAUCCUGGAACCAAUUUCAAACUUGCUGGAUAACCUGAAUUUUGAACAUUUAGAAGAAAAGGAAGAGGAAGCUUAUCCUGCUGCUCAAGUACCUGAGAAAAUUGACAGCCAAAGUCCAUUGAGAAAAGAUGAUGGACCUCUAGUAAUGGAGAACUUAUACUUACCGAUCGGCGAAGUCCUAGGAGAGGACAAAGAUGAACAAAUUGAAGAAGAAAGCCUGGAACCAAUUUCGAAUUUGCUGGAUAACCUGAAUUUUGAACAUUUAGAAGAAAAGGAAGAGGAAACUUAUCCUGCUGCUCAAGUAUCUGAGAAAAUUGACAGCCAAAGUCCAUUGAGAAAAAAUGAUGGACAGACUGAUGUAUCGUGUCUUUCGUCUCCUCUUGUGAUGGAGAAUUUAUCCUUGCCAUUUGGGGAAGUCUUUGCCGAGAGCAAAGGUCAACAAGUUGAAGAAGAAAGCUUGACCUUGGAACCAGAAUCAAACUUGCUGGUUAACCUGAAUUUUGAACAUUCUGAUGAAGUAGAAUGUCCAGUGGAUGAUAGAAUUGGAGAAACUGAAAACAAAAAUGUGUCACCAGAAGAGCCUGAAAAGAGGGAUGCUACAAUCCUAUAUUCUGAACCUCGUAUGAAAGAAUCUAUAAACUCAUAUCAGCUAGAUGGGAUUCUGUCAGAGUUAAUAGAUGACAGAGAGAGCCAGACCCCACAAUCUCUCUUUACUGCAGUAGGACAGCCUGAAUCAGACCUCUGUGAAAGCCCUCCACUGAGAUCAGAGAAUAAAUCAGACAUGAGGGGAAGCAUUUGGGCAAGAAGAGGUAAACGUGCUAGUGUUGUUCAGCUUCAAACAGAUAAGAGUAGAGGGAAAAAAGUGGAGGCAAGAUAUGGUGAUGACAUUGAACUGGAGGAGGAAAUCUUUACACCAGACAAGGAAAAUUUGACCCCAAAUACUCUUCGACUGAGGUCCUUGAAAAAGAAUGGUGAGAUAGAAUUUAAGCAUUCCAAGUCAAGUAGAUCAUCCUCGUCGAAACUAAGUUUAAUUUCCAGUAUCCGUCAACAAGAUCUGAUUGUAUCCCCAGAAAAAGAAAACCAGAAAUUGAAGGAACUCCGAGAAAGAAAAUCAGUAGGAACUACUUCUGGAAAGCAAGCUAGGGUGGAAAAAAAGUUGACGGAAACAAAAGAAAGAAGAGAAAGGAUGCCAUUUCAAUCACUACUUAAAAAUUCUGGAGGCAAGAACAUAUCAGAAACCUCGGUCCCAAACACAGCCACAAGAGGCAGUGCAUCUUCCAGUUGUACUAGAACCACAGGAAAGGUCGCCAAUCCACUCCUUAAUAAAUCUGUUGGAGAAGGAAAGAGGAGGGCCUGGACUAUGGUUGCAGACACUACUACUCUUCUUGACAAGGAAUCGAGGAAGUCAUUGCAGCUUCUACAAGGUCUUAAGGGGACUCGGUUAAUAAUUCCAAGAAUGGUCAUACGGGAACUGGAUUGCUUGAAGCAACGUGGCAGCCUUUUCAGAAGGAAAACAGAGGCUUGUCUGGUGCUGGAAUGGAUUGAAGAUUGCAUGGUAAAAACAAAUUGGUGGAUCCAUGUCCAGAGCUCAUUGGAAGAUGGAAGACUGAUAGCUCCAACCCCUCCCGUUUCUCCACAGUCUCUAUCUAGUGAUAAGAGCUUUGGCUUUCCUUCUGGGGCAACAAGCUCAUUGCCUUUUUCAAGAUGGAGUUUGAUGGACCUUGCAUCACCAACAGCAGAAGACCAUAUCCUUGAUUGUGCUCUUUUGCAUAGAAAGAUGAAGAAUGAUGGACAACUUGUCCUUCUAAGUAAUGAUGUCACCUUGAAGAUCAAAGCCAUGGCAGAGGGUUUGCUUUGUGAGACAGCUGAAGAAUUCCGGGAGAGUCUGGUGAAUCCAAUAUCUGAGAGGUUUAUGUGGCCUGAUAGCUCUCCCCGUGGGCGCACUUGGUCAUACGUACCCGAUGCAGUUUUGAGAGAAAGGUACAGCAGCUGCCCUCUGAAGAAGUCAUCAACUGGAGAAGGUGCAAAGGGUUUGAAGCUCAUUUUGCUCCAUAAUUCUCAUUAUGGACAGAUCCGUUAGAUAAACUAAAAAUAAUUUAGCCUGCAUUGUGUAAUAGUUUUCUGUUGAGCAAAAUGAUGACUAAGUUGGAUUUCCUUUUGGUUUAAUUUUGGCUCUAUCAAUCACUUCAAAAUUCUUCA